AAGGGCAGUGGUGGCCACAGAGGCGGUGGAGAGAUGGCCUUCAGCGAUGCCCAGCCUGCCUACCUGAACCCAGUCAUCCCCUUUUGUGGGGCAAUCCAAGGGGGUCUCCAGGAUGGACUUCAGAUCACUGUCAGCGGGAUCGUGAUUAACUCCAGGGAGAACAGGUUUGCUGUGGACUUGCAGACCGGCUUCAGUGGAAAUGACAUCGCCUUCCACUUCAACCCUCGGUUUGAAGGUCAAGGGUACGUGGUCUGCAACACGAGGCAGAAAGGCUCCUGGGGAACUGAGGAGAGGAAGACGAUGAUGCCCUUCCAGAAGGGAAUGCCCUUUGAGAUCAACUUCCUGGUGGCGAGCUCGGAAUUCAAGGUGAUGGUGAACGGGGCCCUUUUUGUGCAGUAUCAACACCGUGUACCCUUUCACCGCGUGGACACCAUCGCCGUCACCGGCUCUGUGCAGCUGUCCCACAUCAGCUUCCAGAACACCCGCACAGUCCUCGUGCAGCCUACCUUCUCUGCAGUGCAAUAUUCCCUGCCACCCAGGCCCAAGGGGCGCCGACCGAAAUCUCCAGGCAUGUGGUCUGCCAACCUGGCUCCCAUGACUCCGAGGAUGGUGCACACGGCCUACGGCGCCCCUGGACAGAUGUUCCUGAAUCCUACCAUCCCUCCUAUGGUGUAUCCUAAUGUAACCUACCGAAUGCCCUUCUUCACCACCAUCCCCGGUGGGCUGUACCCAUCCAAGUCCAUCCUCGUGUCUGGCACUGUCCUGCCUCAUGCUCGGAGGUUCCAUAUCAACCUGCGCUCUGGGAGUGACAUCGCCUUCCACCUGAACCCCCGUUUCGAUGAGAACUCUGUGAUCCGCAACACCCAGGUCAACAACUCUUGGGGGCCAGAAGAGCGAAGCCUGUCCAAGAAAAUGCCCUUCACCCAAGGCCAGAGCUUCUUGGUAUGGAUCCUGUGUGAAGGCCACUGCUUCAAGGUGGCUGUGGACGGUCAGCAUCUGCUUGACUACUGCCACCGCUUGAAGACACUGCCCACCAUCAACAACCUGGAAGUGGGGGGUGACGUCCAGCUGACCCACGUGCAGACCUAG